CUACUUCUAACCAAUAAUCCUAGAGCGAGGAUAUUUCCUUCAUUCCCAUUGAGAGUACGCAAAUUCCGUACAUAAACUUAUCUUCAUCGUCUCUCUCUCUCUCUCAAAAUGAAUAAUAGAUUCUCCGUCGGUCACCUCCGAUAAAAUUCAUCCUCCAUCCUCCAUCCUCCAUCCUCCUUCCUCCCAUGACAACCACCACCACAACCCUCUCUUCCCCUUCUCCUCCCUGGUCUCUCCCUUCAAUUUCAAGCCCUAAUUCUGACCCUGACCCUAACCCUAAUUGCUUACUCGCCAAUAAUCCUUCAAACUCACCCAACAUGGCACAGAACUCUCCUGCUCCUCCCUCCUCUUCCUCCGACUGCUCCGACCAAUACUACCAAACCCUUGAAGAGAAUCCAUCUUUUUCCGAUCUCGGCGACGCGCCUUCCACCAUAUACGGCGAUCUCAACUCUGACGACGAACGCCAAUCUCUCCCCGAUAACUCCGCCGAAGUCCCACCCUUUACCGAAAACCCUAACCCUGAUUUAUCCCUACCUUCCCCUCCAGCCCCGUCUCUCCUCUACCUCUCCUUCAACCAGGACUCCGGCUGCUUCGCCGCCGGAACCGAUCGCGGCUUCCGCAUAUACAAUUGCGACCCAUUUCGCGAGAUUUUCCGGCGAGAAUUCGACAAUGGAGGCGGUAUCGGCGUCGUGCAGAUGCUGUUCCGGUGCAACAUUCUCUCGCUGGUCGGUGGAGGGCCGGAACCGCAGUACCCGUUGAACAAGGUCAUGAUUUGGGACGACCAUCAGAGCCGGUGCAUCGGCGAGCUGUCGUUCCGUUCUGAGGUCAAAGCGGUGAGGCUCAGACGGGACCGAAUUGUGGUGAUUUUGGUGCAGAAGAUCUUUGUGUAUAAUUUUGCGGACUUGAAAUUGUUGCAUCAAAUCGAGACAAUAUCAAACCCUAAGGGUCUCUGUGAGGUGUCGCACGUUUCGGGAUCGAUGGUGUUGGUGUGCCCAGGGUUGCAGAAGGGGCAGGUUAGGGUUGAGCAUUAUGCAUUGAAGCGGACCAAGUUUAUAAUGGCUCAUGAUUCGAGGAUUGCGUGCUUCGCGCUUACACAGGAUGGGCGGUUGCUAGCUACAGCGAGUAGUAAGGGGACCCUGGUUCGGAUAUUCAAUACAUUGGAUGGUUCACUGCUUCAGGAGGUAAGGAGAGGUGCAGAUAGAGCAGAGAUUUACAGCCUUGCAUUCUCUCCUACUGCCCAGUGGCUAGCUGUUUCAAGUGAUAAGGGAACUGUCCAUGUCUUCAGCUUAAAGGUUGAUUCUGGAUCGCUAGGAAUUGAAAGACAGCGCAGUACACCUGAACCAAAUGUCUCUACUCCACAAGCUGUGUCUUCUCUCUCCUUCAUUAAAGGUCGCCCUCUUCGUCCUGUUUUGACCGGCGCAUCUCUAAGUCUCCGAUGUGUGCUGCCGAAAUAUUUCAGCUCAGAGUGGUCUGUGGCUCAGUUUCGCUUGCAUGAAGGUUCUCAGUACAUUGUUGCCUUUGGUCACCAAAAGAACACAGUCGUGAUUCUCGGAAUGGAUGGGAGCUUCUACAGAUGCGAGUUUGAUCCGGAGGCUGGUGGAGAGAUGACUCAGCUGGAAUAUUACAAUUUUCUAAAGCCGGAAGAAACUUUUUGAAGGCAAAGUAGUGAGAAUAUAUUUUUUUAGUGGAAUGGUUAUUUACUUUAUGGUAUUAUAUAUUUCUUAGUUAUUUAUUAGGGGACUUAAUAGGGGUUGUAAAUAUAAAUGCAAAUGUAAAUGUGAUACGCGUUGGCCGGCCCCAUUCAUAUGGGAAUAAGGCAAGAAUGAUGAUGAUGAUGAUGAUGAUGAUGAUGAUAAUAGGCUUGCAGUAACUGCGUUGGGCUGUUUAUGUAUAUUACUUACUACCUGUUUAUUUGUCCAAAUAACAACAAUGGUUCUAUGCACUUCCAUCUUCAACA